GUGGUUGCUGUGAUGGUGCGGGGGAUGCCUGGAGCUUGCUCUGCGCGAGGAAUAUGGCGACAAGGAAACCAAGCACUUCGUCAAUGUGUUCUUCCAUUUGACUCUGUUUCUUCGACUCCCCUUUCUGCUCGAUCUCCCUCGUUGUCCAGAAUGUUCAAUGUCACACCAGAUUUCAACACAGAUGUCAACGUACAUCAACAUAGAAUUGAGUUGAGGAAGGUCAGGGAGAAAAAAAUCGAAGAAAUCAGAGGCAGAACUUCAGCAUCUCUAAUACCAGAUAGUAUGAGGCAUGUUGAAGAGGAUGAAGAUCACAAAACAACUGCAAGAAAUCUCAAGGAACUUGGUCAGCAGCGGCUAACAAUGGAGGAACGAAAGAAUAGAAGGCGGGCCCUCGACAACCUCGGCGUUCCUUCUUUCGAUAAGUUCCUCGCUGAUAGAAAUGUUUCUCUUAAGAAAUCGGAAGUUGAAAUAUUGCAGCUGAACAUUGGUUUGUACUGCAACCAGGCAUGCAAUCAUUGCCAUGUAGAGAGCUCUCCCAAAAGGAAAGAAAUGAUGUCGAAGGAAGUUGCAAAAAGAUGCAUUGAACUGUUGGACAAAUCGCCUUCUAUCAAGACAAUUGAUCUUACUGGAGGUGCUCCUGAGCUUAACGAUCAGUUCAGAUUCUUGGUCUCGGAAGCAAGCGCUCGAAACAAAGAGAUUAUUGACCGAUGCAAUCUCACGGUAUUGACAGAACCAGGUCAGGAAGACCUUGUAGAUUUCUUAGUCAAGCACAAAGUUCGAGUCAUUGCUUCACUUCCCUGUUACAGCCUCAAGAAUGUGGACACUCAGCGUGGGAGUGGAGUGUUUGAGAAGAGCAUUCAUGGCCUAAUGAAAUUGAACCAGGCUGGCUACGGUGCAGAAGGUAGCGGCCUUGUGUUGGAUCUCAUCUACAACCCGCUUGGAGGUUUUCUCCCACCAGAACAGAAAGCCCUUGAAGAAAAAUACAAAACGGAGCUUUCUACCCAUUUUGGGAUCGUGUUCAACUCCUUGUUCACACUUUCGAAUAUGCCCAUCAAGAGAUUUGCUGACUUUCUGUAUCGACGGGGAGAACUUCAAGAGUAUAUGGACCUCCUGGUCCGCAACUUCAACCUCGCAACCGUGGAUGGGUUGAUGUGCACGAAUCUUGUGUCCGUCGGGUAUGACGGGAAGAUGUAUGAUUGUGACUUCAAUCAGCAAUUGGCGUUGGGGAUGAAAGUCAACAAGUUGAGCUCGCCAACGGUUUUCGAUGUUCAAAGCUUGGAAGAGCUCAGAGGACUUGCUGUGGUAGCUGACAGCCAUUGCUUCGGAUGUACAGCUGGAAAUGGAUCAUCGUGCCAAGGCGCGACUGCAUAA